AUGGGGUUUGAGACUGUACCACUCGUACCGGAUCUUGUAGUGGAUAAGAGUGAGGUUGAAACCUCGCAAGUUGUGGGCUGUGAUUCAAUAGUCAUAGAAAGGGUGGAAACGAAUCUGAGCAAGGAACCCUUUCUGCUAGUUCCCUUGGAAAAUAAGGAAGAGAAAGAAUCCCCUGGUAUAAUUUGUUAUCUUGAAAAUAACAAGGUCGAUGUUCCUGAGGCCAUCUCUCCAAGGGGAGAUAUACUUGAAUUGUCAAUCUCAAGCAAGCCUACUGAUGAUAGUCUUUCAUUGGGUUGUGAGACACCACGUGAAAGCAUCUUUGAUCCAUUUGCUCCAGGGCCCGAGGAGGCGGCCUGUGCACCAAAGAAGAAAGUGGCUAGAGGUGCUGAAGUUCCACCUCGUAGGAAGCUAAAUUUUGAUUCAGGUGACUACCCAGUUAAAAGGUUAAGUUUUGAUUCUAGUGAUUCUGAUGAGGACGAUCAAUAUCUCCAAGUGAUUCACAAGAUGAUCCUGGAUCUAUUAAUUGUAGAUGGCCCUCUUGAUGGACAAGAAGAAACUGGAAAGAAUGUGACGGAUUCAGGCCUACAUGGAAGCUGCAAGACACCUGAUUCGAAGCCUCUACUUACUGGCAUUGCAUCCACAUGCCCAGGUGCACCUUUGAGACCAUCUCUUAAAGCGUUAAAACUCAGCCCAGACAUUUGUCGGAAGAUUGACUUCGAUGCAGUCAGUGACUCCGAUAAAGAAAGUAAUUGA